AUGGACGUCGAUCAGCUGCCGUUUCUGGCAGAAUACUCCAAGAGCAACCGAGCAUCGUGCCGGCUUUGCAAGUCAAAGAUCGCCAAGGAUGUGGUCCGGCUUGCAGCUAUGGUACAGUCGCCGGUGUACGACGGAAAGGUGGCGCAAUGGUACCACGAGGAUUGUUUCUUCAAGAAACAGCGACCCACCACCGAGGGCGACAUUGCGCACUUCGAAGCGCUCCGGUACGAGGACCAGAAGAAGCUGCGCGAAAAAAUCGCGGCACUCGGCAGUGGUGUGGUGGCUGCACCGAAAGGCAAAGGGAAAAAACGUUCGGCCGCCGAGGGUCUGGCUUUGAAGGACUUUGGUGUUGAGUAUGCCGCUUCCGGGCGGGCCGUUUGUCGCGGAUGCGAGCUGAAAAUCAUAAAAGACGAGGUGCGCAUCAAGAAGGUGGUCUACGACACGGAGGUGGGUAUGAAGUACGGUGGCCAACCGUUGUGGCACCAUGCCGAGUGCUUUGCCAAACUACGUGACGAACUGGGGUACUUCGAGAAGGCCGAAGCGUUGCCGGGUUACAAGUCGAUGAAGAAAGAUGAUCAGGCCACGCUGAAGAAGCUUCUGCCGGCCAUCAAGGCUGAAGACGUGCCCUCUAAGAAGGUAAAAGAUGAAGUAAAGGACGAAGUGGACAAGGCAGCCGAAGAGGCGAACGAAAAGCGGAGGGCCGAGCAGCAGAAAGCGUUCUACAAAAUACGCGACAAGCUAAAGGAUCUGGGUGUGAAGAAGUCGGAGUUGAUUGAAAUCCUCGAGUGCAACAAACAGGACGUGCCGGAGGGGAACGAUCCGGUAUUGGAUCGUGUUUGCGACAUCAUUACGUUCGGUGCCCUGGAACGAUGCAAAACGUGCGGUGGACAGUACGUGUUUCAAAAGUCAGCUUACGUCUGCUGCGGCAACUUGACCGAGUGGACCAAGUGUAUGCACUCGGAGGUAGCACCGGCCCGGAAGAAAACCAAAAUACCGACCGACAUCAAGGCGGAGUACUCAUUCCUGAAGUCCUACAAAUCAACCGUCAGCGAUCGAGUGAUCCACUACGUGCCGCCGAGCACCGGCACGGUGGCGAACAAGGUCAAGAAGGAAGAGGACCAGCCGGCGGAACCGAAGGUACAUCGCGAGAAGCCGCCGCUGUACAAUCUGGAGUUUGUGAUCCUCGGCAAAACGGCCACACCGAAGGAUCAGCUCAAGCUUCAGAUACAGAAGCUCGGUGGCAAGGUGGUGACGAAAAUUGCGAGCCACACGGCGGCCAUCAUUUCGACGCCGGAAGAGGUUGAGCGUAUGAAUAAGCGGAUGGAGGAAGCCAAGGAGAUGGAGAUUCAGGUGGUGCCCGAAGACUUCCUCGAGGACGCCAAAACGGGCAGCGCCCUGUCGUUCAUCACCAGUCGUGCCAUCUGUGACUGGGGCUCGGAUCCGCUGACGCGCAUUCCGAGCGACGAGGAAAUUCGCUCCCGAUCACAGAAGAGUAUCUACGAAAAGUCGGUCCCCGCCACAGUGAAGCUACAGAUGAAAAGUGGGCUGGUAGUGGAUCCGGCCUCGGGGCUUGCUGACAGGGCGCACGUGUACCGGGAGGGCAAAAUCAUCUACAACUGCGUGCUGAACAAGGUUGACAUCCAGCAGGGCAAGAAUUCGUUCUACAAACUGCAGCUACUCCAAGACGACCGGCAGUACAAAUUUUGGUUGUUCCGAGCCUGGGGUCGCAUCGGUACGACGAUCGGUGGUACAAAGGUGCAAGAAUUCUCGAACGAGCUGGAUGCCAUCGGUGAAUUCGCGGAACAGUUUGAAGAAAAGACUGGCAACGAAUGGGAGCGCCACAACUCGCGAUACCACAAAAUGCCGGGUAUGUUCUACCCGAUCGAGAUCGAUUACAGUGAGACGAAGAUGAAGCGGCUGGCGGAGAAGAGUACGAUCCCGGCCAAGAUCGCACCGGCGGUGCAGGAUCUAAUCCGCAUGCUGUUCGACGUGGACGCCAUGAACCGUGUGCUGCUCGAGUUCGAGCUGGACAUGGAGAAGAUGCCGCUGGGCAAACUGUCCCAGCGACAGCUUCAGUCCGCCAUGAAGGUGCUCUCGGAACUGUCCGAUCUGAUCACCGGCAGCGGAUCGAACGCGCAGUUCAUCGACGCCUCGAAUCGCUUCUAUUCGUUCAUUCCGCACAACUUUGGUGUUUCCGCGCCGAAGGUGCUGGACACCCUCGAGCAAGUAAACAGCAAACAGGCCAUGCUGGAGAGUUUGAUCGAGAUCGAGGUGGCGUACUCGUUGCUCAACACGGACACGGGCAAGUCGGGCGGAGAAAAGAACCCACUGGACGUCCACUACGAGCAGCUGAAGACGGAACUCGUCCCGAUGGACCGUAACACCGAAGAGUUUGCGCUACUGGAGCAGUACGUGCGCAACACGCACGCCGCCACGCACUCGUCGUACGAACUGGAGGUUCAAGAAAUUUUCCGCGUCAAGCGCAAGGGCGAGGAGCGGCGCUACCAAGCGUUCCGCAAGCUGCACAACCGCAAGCUCCUGUGGCACGGUUCGCGGCUGACCAACUUUGUUGGCAUUCUGACGCACGGUUUGAAGAUCGCUCCACCGGAGGCACCGGUCACUGGGUACAUGUUUGGUAAGGGUAUCUACUUUGCGGAUAUGGUGUCGAAAUCCGCCAACUACUGUUGCACCAAUCCGAAGGACUCGACCGGAUUGAUGCUUCUGUGCGAAGUGGCCCUGGGCAACAUGCAGGAGUUUAAGGGGGCCCACUACGUGAACAAGCUUCCGAACGAUAAGCACAGCGUGAAGGGUGUCGGAAGAACGCAGCCCGAUGCGAAAGAGUCGCACGUUCGGGCCGACGGAGUCGAGAUUCCGCUCGGCAAGGGUGUCACGGACGACAAGGUCGGCAGCUCGUUGCUGUACAACGAGUACAUCGUGUACGACGUAUCGCAGGUCAACUGCCAGUACCUGUUCAAGAUGAACUUCAAGUACAAGUACUAAGGAACGCAUUUUCUAACGUUGGUUGGUCGCUGGCCAAACAGCCAGCCAUUUGUUGAAACGCCCGACACGACCUCACCGACAUCACCAGCUUAACAAUACGGCUUAAUUCCUAGGUGUUGUCAUGCUUUUUUUUCUAGUUACCCGAACCUAUAUUGCCAACUUUUGUAGUGGCCAAGUAACAGCUAUUA